UCGCCCUCUUCUUCCUCCACAAGCCAGUCCCAUACCACCUUCCCUCUUAAAGAAACUCUUAGUUUCUGUUCCGUACCCCCACCGAUGGCUUCUAAUUACUACCUUGCCACUCUUGCUUUCCUCUUCUGUUUCAUUAGCCCUUCACUCUCAGCUUUGGUUCAAGAACAACCUUUGGUGCUGAAGUACCACAACGGCAUCCUCUUGAAAGGAAACAUAACAGUUAAUCUAAUCUGGUAUGGCGAGUUUACACCUAUCCAACGGUCUAUAAUCGUUGACUUCAUCAACUCUUUGAACUCAAAAGGGGCCCCACUUCCUUCCACCUCUUCAUGGUGGAAGACAACUGAGAUGUACCGUGGUGGUUCAUCGUCACUCACCGUAGGCCAUCAAAUACUUCAUGAAGAGUUAACACUAGGCAAAAUCUUGAAGAGCCAACAUUUGAUAGCUCUGGCUUCGAAAACCCAUUUCACCGUUAACUCCAUUAACGUUGUUCUGACGGCAAAAGAUGUUGCCGUUGAUGGGUUUUGCAUGAACAGGUGUGGGACUCACGGGUCAACAAAAUCCGGGUCGGGUCGGGGAACCUAUAUUUGGGUUGGUAACUCGGACGUUCAGUGUCCGGGCCAGUGUGCUUGGCCGUUUCACCAGCCACUCUAUGGCCCACAGACACCACCCUUGGGGGCACCUAACGGAGACGUUGGAGUUGACGGAAUGAUCAUCAACCUGGCUACUUUGCUGGCUAACACCGUUACCAAUCCAUUCAACAGUGGGUACUUUCAGGGCCCACCCACUGCUCCUCUGGAGGCUGUUUCGGCUUGUACUGGGAUUUUCGGGUCAGGGUCCUAUCCAGGUUAUCCGGGUCGGGUCCUGGUUGAUAAGGUCACGGGUGCUAGUUACAAUGCUUAUGGUGUCAAUGGAAGGAAGUAUAUGUUGCCUGCUAUGUGGGACCCAAAAUCAAGUGCCUGCAAGACACUUGUGUAAAAAAAAUCGGGUCCUGGUUUUUUCUUCUCUCUCUUUCUUAGACUUGAUGAUGAUGGACUAGUUUGUCCUUUUGGGUGACAUGUAAAUUCUCCUUAUGAAAAAUGCAGAAGAGAUAUAAAUAUUAUAAUAAUAAAAAAAACAGAUGAUGUGUAAA